AUGUUAAUGCAAUACAAGGUUGAUCGACGAGUCGCCACAAGCCACGUAGCCAAUAAGAGAGUUCAGAACAUUCUAAGGAAUGAACAGGGCAUGACAAAGGUUUCAGCAUGCUGUGUUUCAACACACCUGUUGCCAUGGUUGCAAUGCAUGACUGAGGCUUUGAAGUCAUCGGAACAUCCACCAGAUUCGGAACCACCUGGUUUCCCCCUCUUACUAAACUUGAAGAAAGAACUGUCUGGCUGGCAUUAUGCAAAUGAUAAUGACAUUAUUUCUGCUGUGGAUGACUUUUUACAUCACCAGGAGAAAGCCUUCUACAUCUGUGGAAUCCAGGCACUCCAGCAUCAUUGGCAGCAGUGUCUGCAUCUCGAAGAGUAUUAUGUUGAAAAAUAA